CAAGCCUUCAUUAUUACACAGUUGCAUCACUGCUCUGUUCACCCACGUAUGAACAAAUAGGGCUUGAACAUUAUUUACUAAAAUAAAAAGAAGCAAAGGAGUAACUUAUCGAUAACACAAUGUUACAAUUCAGGAGAAGCUUUGAAGCCGAAAAAUAUCAAUUACAAGAGCUCAACAACCGCCUGGGCCAAUACCUAUCCAGAACAAAGCAGUUGGAGCAUGAAAAUUCGAUCCUCAUAUCUGAAAUAAAUAAGAUAAGACAAGAAAAAGCAGUAGAAUGGAACAGCAAAUAUAUGAACGACAUGCGGGAUUUGAGAAGGAUGGUUGGACAACUAUCCUUUGAAAAGUCCCGAGCUGAGAUGGAACGAGAAAAGCUUUGGCAAGAGUUUCAGAUGUUGCAGUCGAUGUGUUGUGAGGAGCAGGUAAUAUGCAAAGACAUAGGUGGAGAACUAAAAGGCAGUGAAAAGGAGCUUCAUAAAGCGCAACAGACCAAUAGGGCGCUUGAAGAACGUCUGUUCCAGCUUGAGAAUGAGUACAAACGUAUUGAGGAUUCGCACAGACAAGAAAUUACCAAUCUCCGAAACCAGGCUUAUUCUCGACCUAUUUUUACCCAAAGGUACCAUGGCCCUCCGGCGGUUUCGAUGGAAGACAUACAAGAGUGCGCCCUUAGCCUGUCGGAAGGAUGGAUGGACACGUUCGAGAUGUAUCGGAGGAAGGUCGAAGAUAUGGAGGAAUCCAUCAAAGCGGACCAAAUGAGGUUGGAUGAUAUCCAACGGGAAAAGAUGCAUUAUGUCUCUGAGCUUGACCAAUUACGGCAAGAGGCUGAAAAACAAGCUCAGAUUCAAAUAAACCUAGAGGAACAGCUCAUACACAUGCAGGAUAACUUCCAUUGCGACAUUACACAGUAUCAGGUGAUAAUUGAGGAGUUGGAGCGAGAGCGAGAAAUGUUGGCCAACAAUAUGGCAGAGAAGGUCAGAGACCACCAGGAGCUACUGCAGGUCAAGAUGGACCUGGGCAUGGAAGUUGCUUACUACAGGGCGCUUAUUGAAGGAGAGCACCAACAUCAUCGUCAGUCAAGAGAAAGAGUCAUAGAUAUUACAAUUCCUCCACAAUGCUACAAUCCAAGAGUUUCCAUGUCAACCAGACAGGAUAAAAGAAAACAUCUGGAUGUGAAAUACAUGGAGCCUACCUCAAACUUGAGAAGACCACCUGUACCACCUCAAUAUGGUCCCACCAGUCCUUCCAGAGUCAUCCCUAUCUCAGUUACAGGCAGCAGCUACAACAGGAAUCAGAGUCCAGCCGCCAGGAGGGACAUGGUUUCAUUCACAAAAUCCCAGUCUGUAUCUUCCAGCUCCUCAUCCAUUAACAUUAAACCUGUGUCUGGAAGUUCAGACCAAACAAAUCUAGAUUCUGAAAGAAAAGUUGUGGAGGAGAGGAGUGUGAGAAUCAAAGAGCUGUCACAGCACUCAACUAAAGAUUCUCUUGACCGUCCUCGAGGCGCAGCCAAAAUAUCAAGCCACAUUUCCUCACCCACUGCUGACAUUAAAACAGUGAAAAUAGUGUCACCACCAAUGAUGAGUCUCAGCAAAAACACAGAAGAGGCAGAAGAGAGCACACAGAAAACAGAGAAGCAGGUUGAAGUAGAAGGGAAAGGAGAUGUAUUUCAUAUUCAGAAUGUCAAGAUGCACGGCAAAGAGGGCAGCCCUAUAGGCACCACGGCAAGUGAUAAGAUGGUCUUAGACUCCUUAUCUAUGGAGGAACUAAUGGAGGUCAUGAAACCUGUUGGUUUGGACCGGAAGGUCUACAGCUCAUCUCCAGAUGCCAAGGUCACUUACCACGUUGAGAAAACGGAACAGGAGGAUGGGUCAACAAAGACACAAAUAAUUCUGGAGUCCAAGGUGGAGGAAGAGCUGGAUAUGUCAGAAGACUCUGCAUUGGAGGAACUAAUGAGUAAGGGAGUGAAACACAUGACACUGGAGGAUAUAAAGGGCACUGCAACAGGAAACAUGAUUGAGAACCUACUCAGUCUUGGAUUGCAUGGAGAUGAGGACAUACAAAACAAAUCUGUCAAUGUGGAGAUCAUUGAGGAGCCUGUGGAGGGAUACAGCGAUGAGGAGAUUGAGUUUGUGAAGUCAGAGGCCAAGUUUUCCCAGCCUUCUUCAAUGUACUUCCAGAUUGAGGAACUGGAGAAUGACCCACCUGACAGCAAAUACCAUGAGGGCAGUGCUGAAGUAAUGAAAACCUCUGUAACAACGGCAUACUAUGGCAGGAAUGAUGGGUCUGUGAAGGUCCAGGAAGAUUCAAGAGAUAAUGAAUCUCCAUACUACAGGCACCACCAAGAGUUGCAAGAGUAUUUUGUCUCCACACCUGAUGAAAAUCUGUCAGAGCCAGAGGAGAGUGGUGGUAUUGCGUCAUAUGGACAUUAUGGAGUGGUGGAUGACCUUUCCGAUGAAAGGUACUAUCAAGAUGGCGGUCUAUCAAAGGACAAAAUGUUUGGGGAGGCAGGUGACAGACCUGCAUCAGAAAGCCAGUACCUGAAGGGUGACCAUUCCUUGGCCCAAGAGAGUUUCCCAGAAAGCAUAAUUGAAGAGGAAAACAUCCAUAUAGUGACCGUCUCCCCAACAGUGCAGGAGUCAGUGCUUGGAUACCUGAGCAAGGCAGCUGCUGACACCAAAGAGCAGCAGGGGCCAACCCUAGAGCAGCUUCAAAGCACAGUGUCAGAGAACCUGAAAGAAGAAGAGUCGGCCCUCUUCACAAGAGGCAGCAGUGACCAUCCUCAGAACUUGUCUGUGGACAUCAAGAAAGUACAUCUGUCCUCAGACAAUGGAACAACGACUGUCAUGGCACAGCUCAAGAGCACAACUACUCUGGAGGACUCUGGGCUGCUGUGGGCGCAGGGGGAGGAUGUAUCCAAGGAGCAGUCCAUGACGGCUUUACACUUUUGCAACCCUGAGGUUGGAGCAGAGGGAGGAUACAACUUGGGGACAAAUGAGAUGCGCUGGGUGACUGACAGAAAGGACCUAGGAGAAGAGUCAGUGACAGAAGUCACUGAGACGCACAUCAAAUUAGGGCCAUCAGAGAAGAUCACCUUCCAGAUGGAUGUGAAUAAUGGCCAAGAACAGGACCCCCCACUCAUUCAUGAGAAAAGAAUUGCCACUGUCUAUCUUGACUCUGACCAAAAUAUGUUCUGAUUUCAAAUGAAAUCUUUAACUGCCCAAUGUUCCAAAUUUAAAAAACAAGUAAUUACUAAUUGUUAGGUUUUUUUUGACAUAUCAACACAUUUUUCUUAGUGUUGGUAUGGGUGGCCAGGCCAUUGUUUUCCUAGAUCACUGUUUUAGUUUAAGGUGAGACUUUUGAAGUGUCCUUUCUCCAAUUCAUGCUUUAGCCACAAAUAUGAAUGGAGUCACCAACAUUAUUUGGGUAUGAUUUAAACAGAAUAUAACUGUUUAUAGUUAGCUUUUGUAUGGGCAGUUACAAUACUCCCCUACUAAUCAGUGGCAAAAACCUAAGGUGACGCAAUUUGUUGGGAUUCAUGAAUUGCUAUAUCAACAAUCAUGAGAGAACACGUUAUAACCACCAGUAUAAAAAAAAAUAUAUAGACGUUUGUAAAUUCACAACUCUUCCUGCUUGUCUUUGAGACUGUUAUAAUUUCCUAUUAUAUUUUCUUUUGGUACUAACAAGUUGUAAUACCAUGACUUGUACACAGCUUUCUCCAUUGUUAUGGUAAUGUUACGGUCUUAAACAUUUUCAUUAUGUACGUAGAAAUAAAGUAGCAUUACAUCUAUUAUUUUCUUUGAUACUAUUUGUUACCACAUUGAAGAACUGGUGAUUUGUAGCUGAGGGACAACCUAUGGUUAAUAAAUGGAACCCUCCAAUACAGUAGUAGUGAUGGAUGAAUUAGAAUGUGUUUAGGACAGCACGUACAAGUAAGUGAUCCAUGUCUUGUCAAAUUAAACAUACUCUAUUAAUAAUUUCAACAGGAAAUAUUAAAAAAUAUAUAUCAACUGCAACUUGUAAAAUCUGAUGAGUUGUCUAGUUUUGAAAAUGGUCAAAUGUGGAAUUCUGUAUUUCUCUACAUUUGAUGUUACUCAUAGGUUACAGUAUGGUACCCUUAGAAGUGCUUUAUGAUGCGUCCUUCCAUGUCUCUCAAAACCAUUCUUUAAUCAAACAAUUUAAGAGGGGUGAGAAGUAACCUGGACAAAUUUUAUUUGACUGAAGAGUUUUUCACUACUUGUAGAUUCAGUAGCUAUGGGACGCUCUUAGGUCCUCCUAGCCCCCAGGUGCUAAUUGAAGUGCAAAAAACAAUCAAAAUAUGCAAAUAGACAGACAGACAGACUGUAAACAAGGUGGAGUGAACUUGAGAGAUUAAGACAGAACUCGAAAAGAAUGAGGAAAAUAAGCAGACGGUUUGUGUCUGAGAUUAAAUCUGUACAUCCAUUUUCAGUGAAGCAUAGGGAAAAUCUAACACAGUUGUCCAUUGGUUUGGUGAUUUAUUGAUUUUGUGUCUUUACAUCCUGGAGUUAAUAUUUGGUGGCGGUAUCUUUGGUACUUGUGAAUCUUAAUGUGAAAUGAAUACAAUGCUGUUGAUCUCUUUCUCAUUAUAUUAAUCUGUUGACAUGUUAUUGGUAUGCCUGUCAUCAACAGGCACUAAGGCACUAACUUAUUUUUAUUAAAACUAAAUAGAGGGAAGGAAAAGGAAAUGAGCAAAGCCCUUGUAAAAAGAUUUAGGACAACCUACCUAACCCUGGGAUGGAAUUAAAUGUAUUUUCCAACUUAUCAGAAAACACCAGAAUGACUUUCCAGGACAUCUUUUGCUGCCAUUAACUCCCAAACAAAUUGACUGAGCGUUUUUAACAAAGGUCAGUGGUGCAAGAAUAUUAUUUCCCAUUGAUUCACAGGUAUAAUGGUUGUGUGUACAUGAAGUGCACCUUCACCAAGGAAUUCUGGAGCGUAAAGACAUACAAUAAAUAUAUAAUAAUUUUGUAUUUCCUAGUCAUUUUUAAAAUGUUUAGUAACAUUUUAUUCACUUGUGGUGAGGGUUGCUGAUAUCCGGAGUGGAAAAAAUAUAAUCCCUUUUUGGAUUUACUUUUUAGGUAGCAAAAUGAUAAUACUGCACGUGAUGUGUAGACUUUUAGUAGUGGCUGUAUGAAUUCCUUGGCUUGAGGCCAUGUGUUCACACAACUGGGUUGAGCCAGUGUCAGAAUUCACUUUGGCUCAUAGGUAAGUUAUGUGUAUACCACCGUGGCUAUUUUAGGACCAGAUCACCAGUUUAGUACUUAGCACUGCUUGCUAAGUGUGGUGUGUUGCUGUGGAAGUGGAAGUUGCUGUGUUACAGUGUGCGUUUGUGUGAAAGUACCUUCAAUAUCUCUUCACUCACGAGCCCCUUUCGGUCUUCCUUAAUAAGCUGCUUUAGAGUUCUCCUAUGCAACAGUGUAGAAACACCUUCACAUUGUGCUUAAGUAGCACAGAGUUGUUAUCACAGAGCAUAAGUGUGAAAAUUCAAUGUAUUAGUUUGACUAAUAUUACUGUGACAAACCUGAAUGCAAAUUACCAAAUAGUACACUUAAGUUCAAAGAUGUUGACAUUAUUUUCUUUGCACUCAAGUGCCCAGAUAUAUUUGAAAACAGAUUUUGCCUUUAAAUUUCCUUAGUUUGAUCAUGAAACUUUAGGUUAAAUAACUUGUCAACGAGGCAAUUUAUUUGAAACAUUACAUUGUAUGUAAUAUUACAUCUCUUAUCUAUCCAAUACGCUGUUGUUAAAGGCAUUGCCCAUUGUUAUUAUACCUCACCUUUGAAUGUUUCAAAAGGUGUGUGCUACCCUCAUGACUCUUGGUGUAAUUCACAUUUAAGUAUAAAGAUAACAUUAAUUAUGCUAAUUUCACCAACUGAAUGUAUGCUUUCAACCAUCAUUUGGACACCAGUUCAUAGUGCAAAAAACUAUUAAAUUACUAGAGUGUA